AGUACAUCUCUGGUCGCAAUGUGCACAAGCUGUUGUUUUACUGAUUACAAACAUAGUGUCAUGAGUUCAUAGAAGGCAAAAUGAAGUUACUUGCUUGGGGUGCAAAUACAUAUGGUCAGCUUGGAGUUGGUUAUAAAUCUGAGCUUUGUGCUGAACCUGUUGAAGUGAGAGCUCCAACAAUUGACCCAAAGUUGCUUACAAGACUUUGUGGAGGAGGAGGCCAUACACUCAUUUUGGAUAAAAAUGGAAACAUUUAUUCCUGUGGCUGGAAUAACAAAGGCCAAUUAGGUCGGUCUGUGGAAGAACAAGCAACAUCUUUUGAACAUAUAGCAGCUCUUUCAGGGCAUCACAUCAUUGAUAUCAGUUGUGGCUGGGAAACAAGUUUUGCUCUGACAAGGGAUGGGAAAUUAUUUGGUUGGGGCUCCAAUGUCUAUGGACAACUGUCUCUGCCAAGGGAUCAGGUUACAUUCAGUGCCUCACCUCUCCAGUUGACAGACCAUAAAGUGAAACAACUUUCAUCUGGUCUAAGACACACAGCAGUUGUCACUGAACAGGGUGAUGUAUUUGUUUGUGGUAGUGGAAGAAAAGGGCAACUAGGAAUUGUACAUCAUGGCCAGCCACUUAAAGAAAGUUAUACUUUACAACACGUUCCAGGCUUGCCACCAAUUAAGAUGGUUGCAUGUGGUCAACACCAUACCAUAGCUUUGUCAGUGUGUGGGAAAAUUUUUGUAUGGGGAGACAACAAGUUUGGACAACUGGGAUUUGAUCCUUUACUACAUCACAAUUUUGCCUAUCCUAUACAGCUUGAUUGUUCUGGACGUGAAAGUCUUCCACAAGAAUGCUUACUUUCAUGUGGAUGGACACACACAGUCUUAAGAACAGAAGAGGGAAAGAUAGUUAACUGGGGAAGAAAUAAUUAUGGACAGCUGGGCUGUGCUGAGAAACAAAGACUUGAAAGCUGGAAGCCAACAUUUCUGAAUGAUGUUCCCAGUACAAAACAGAUUGCAGUUGGAUCUGAACAUAAUGUGGCUUUGUCUGAGAACAGUGAAGUGCUAUGCUGGGGCUGGAAUGAACAUGGCAGCUGUGCGACAGGAGCUGAUGUGGAUGUGAAGAGUCCCAAGAAAGUUGAAAAUGCACAGAAAGCUGUUUUAAUAGGGACAGGAGGUGCCCACAGCUUUGCUGUUGCUAGUCUGGACUGAUACUGAAAUUGGUGACUGAUUGUUUUUGUUAAUAAAAUUACUUUCAAUGGCAUUGCUCUGUGAAGGCACCAAGGAUACAUCCUGACAUUUGAGUAAAAUUCACGUCGACAGCAAAAUGGUUCAAAGUGAGACUUAAUGAGAGAAUGUCAAGUUUUUAUACUAAACCUCUUAACAAAAAUAAUAUAAGUCUACAAAAAUUUCUCUUAAAAGCCUUUUGUCAGAUCAUUCCAUAUAAACUAUUAGCUUUGAAGCAAAACGCCAACAAAAAUAAUGCAGUACAAAAUAACUUUCAUUUAUAUGGUAUGUGCUAUGGGAUUAAGACUAGCUUGAUAUAAUUUUUGUGUUUUAUUCUGGUCACAUGGAACUAUGUAUUGCCAUUAAAAAUUUAAGUUUUGUUGCUCACUCUUGGCUGUUUGACUUAUCGUAUAUGAUAUACAAGGGUAAGCCAAUCAUUUUUGUUUAUUUUUGUAGUACUGUGCUGGGUUAGUUUCGUUGUAGCUGCUGUGCUGGUAAUCAUGGCUGCUUUGCUGUCUAUUAGCACCAUAGAAGAGUAACAUUCAGUGAUCUGGUUUUUUGUGGUUAGAAGGCGUGGGGCCAAAAUUCAUCAAAAACUUUCGGUACAGUACGGAAACAGCGUUUUGCCACAACAGAGUGUGUACGAAUGGAAUGAAAAAUUCCAAAAUGGUCACACAAGUGUUAUGCAUGAUGAAGGAGCCAGAUGAUCAUUUACCGCCACAAAUGAAGAAACCAUUGAGUGUUCACGUGAAAUGAUUCUCUUAGACAGAGUGGCACAUUGUCUGCAAAUUAGUCAUGGUUCUGCCUAUGAAAUCAUCCACAACAGACUUCGAUUUCAUAAAGUUAGUGCAAGAUGGGUCCCAAAAAACUCAUACAGUUGCAUAAACAAAUGCACUUGGACAUCUGCAAAAAACAUUUGGAUUGCUGUGGUAACAAACGGGACAACUUCUUAGAAAGGGAUCACUACUGGUGACAAAACAUGGAUCCAACAUUAUGAGCCAGAGAGUAAACAGAAGAGUAUGGAAUGGAAACAUCCAAAUUCGCCAUGCAAGAAAAAGUUCAAGACCCAACCGUCCGCAGGAAAACUGCACUUAUGGUUUUUUGGGACACGCAAGGUCCAGUACUGGAACAUUAUGGGGAAAGGGGCACAACAAUAAACAGCGUACGUUACAGUGAGACGCUUACUGCCAGGCUAAAGCCUGCAAUUCGAAGCAAACUCGGAGGAUUGCUGUCAAAAGGGGUUGUGUUGUUGCUCAACAAAGCAUACUGCUGCCCACACUGCUGAAACGCUCCAGAAACUCAAAUUUGAAGUACUGGAUCAUCCUCCAUAUAGUCCCGAUCUUGCCCCAGCUGACUAUCACUGUCUGGUCCAUUCAAACGUGCAUUAAGGGGCUGUCGAUUUGCCUCGGAUCAAGCAGUGAAAGAAGUGGUGCAGUCCUGGCUCGCAACUCAACCGAGAACCUUCUUUUAUGAGGGCAUCAGGAAGCUUGUACAGUGAUGGACCAAGUGCUUUGAAAUGCAAGGAGACUAUGACGAAAAAUGAUGUUCUUGUAAGUUUCCUAUUUGAUUACAAAAAAAUUUUAUAACUACUUUGCGGAUAAUAUUUGACUUACCCUCGUAUUUCAUUCAACAGGGUCACUAACUAUAUCACCAUUUCUUAUGAAUGAAUAUGAGUAGUACAUUACCAAACAGAAUGCAACUGCAGUCUAAUGUUUAGUGUGUCGACCUACUUAUGUGGAGUUUCCAGGUUAGAUUCUAUGUGACCACAUAUUUUUCUGCAGUAAAAUGAUCCUGAAACAGAUCCCCCAUUCUCACCAGGCUAACUGAGGACCUGCUUUAGUAAAGAAGUUGGGAACUAACAUGCAGCUACUGAAGUGGCAUCAACUCAAAAAAUUCGUGCCAGAUUGAGACAUAUGUGACUCCCACCCCCCUUUUUUUUACUGUCCUCACCCCAUUGCUUUUCUUCUAUUUGGAGCAUGUUUCUCUGACUUUACAAUCAUCUGGUCAUUGUACAAAUGGAGGACAUUACCUUUUCACAGAGAUGAUGGAGGAUCCCUAAUGCAUUUUCUUCAUUUUCAUACAAUUUAAGAAAUGAAAUAAUCUGCACUACAUCACAGCAAAGUCCCUUGAAGGUUUGCAAGGUAUCCACUAGACUAUGCAAUUCAGUUCCGUUGAUGGGCACUGAUAAAUAACUGGACAGUUCUCUUUGAAGGAUAUUUUUUUGGAGAUAAACACUCUUCAGAUCAUCACUGUGUGGCUCAUCCAGCCUGUUCCAGUAACCGUAUAACAUUCCAGGUGGCUCAGUAAUAUUUUUAAGUUUAAGCUUUUAAAGAAACUGUAGGUUUAUUAGAAUUACAUUCAACUUAUUUUACGCAGUCAUUGGUGCUUGGUUGUUGUUCAUCAUUUUUAGGAUUUGGAUGUGAACUGCACUCAAUUUGUCACACCGAUUACUCUGACACUUGCAAUACAGCCCAGGUCCUCUGAAAGCUCAAAGGCAUGAACGUAGGUUUCAAAUUAUCAGUUUGAGUCAGUGUUAGAGGGCAAGGGGAAAAAGCAAAAUACAGGGAAAAAGUGUCUGGUGAUAUUAUUAGUGACAGGUGAGAGAGGAAUGUGAGAAUGGAACUUAAUGUGACCCCAAAAAAUGAAGCAAAGAAUAUUUUCUGCAGUAUAAAGACUGUCUAAAACGGGGAAACAAUGGUGGUGGAGGUGGCUAGCAGAGGAAUGAAUAAAGAUACAGAACUUCACAAUCAUUAUGAGAUGGAAGUAGCUGGAAGUGUGUGUUGUAGAAUAUCAAUGACAGAUAGAGGUGGGAUAUCUGAAUACUUUGAGUGAUGAAAGAAGAGUACAUGUAAAAUGUGGCACAGGACUGAUUUUUACCACACUGUGUUGUUUGUUCUCUGUACUUAUUCUGUCUUUGUGUACUAAUCAAAUUGUUCUCUGGUGGUUAAACUGCUGUUAAACUAAAGCACCUAAAAGUACCUGUUGGUUUGCUAAUUCCCACUCUUACACUUACGCAGUACCACCUUAUGUGAGACACUGGUGUGCCCUAUCUGUCAGGAGGCAAGUCAACAACUGAAGAAAAUUAAGCAUUCUAUAUGCCAAAACUAAACAUGGUAUCCUUGUACACAGGGAAUCUGAGUUCUGAAAUAGCUAGUUCUACAGAGAAGGUCUGUCACAAGUCACAGACUUUCAACAUAUUUACUUCAAUUCUUAGGCUUCUUCUUACACCAUGAUGGUGAUAAGCGUAUGUAAGACUUCUUGUUUGUUGCUACAGUCUGUGUUUGUGAGUAAAGCAUUAAUUUUUUUCCCCUGACACCUAGCAAGUGCACUCAUAGAUAAACGUCAACAAGCAAACAUGUUUUUGAUGUAUGGAGAAGCUUUUCUUUGGAAAAGGCUAGUGCAAGUAAUGGUAUGAAUCGGGCAUGCAAAACUGCUAUCUGUAACUUCAACUUAAUGGUACACAUUGUUUUGUCACCUCACUUUGUCAUAUAAUUCUAAUGAAUUCUCCACUGUUUUUGUAAAUUGAAGAUCAAUUGUGAGCACUUGAUCUACAAAUAAUCGAUUGUUUCACAAGGAAAGGCCUUUGUUCAUCAUAAACUAAAUUUUCGCAUAGUGAAAGUUAGUUCUGAUGUAAUAUAACAGACAAUUUUGGCUGCUUCAUAAAACUGCCUGAAGUGGUCCAAUUCUUUCCAAAUCACUCUUUAUACUGAUGUUUAUUUUAUCAUAUUUCUUUGUGUGACUUUUCAUAUUUGGGCUUCCUUUUCAAAAUUACCCCCAAUGUUACUGACAUUUAUUGGAAAUUAGAAUAUUCUUUGUAUCUGCAGGCUUUUUGGGUUAUAAUUUCCAUUAACUACUUCAGCAAAGUCUGAUAUGAGAGCACUCUCAAUUUACUUUUUGAUACUUACUGUGAACAGCAUUCUGAAGCAACUGAAGUAUUGAUGUACAAGGUCCAAAUACCAAGAUACAGAUAAUUUACCCUCCUAUUACUAUGUCAAACCUGUUCAGUCAAUAACUACAAACAUAAUUUACAUGUGAACCCAAAUGGCAAUCUGGAGGAUUCCCAAAUUCUAUUUUGAUCCAGUGAAUUAUACUGAAAAGUAGCAUUAGAGUCAUCAUAAGAUACUUCAUAGUUAUGACUUAGGGCUCGGUUGGUCUCAUGAUGCCACAAGCCAGCAUAAUGUAAGAAUUCACUUCAGAUGAAGGUUCUGUAGAGUUUUCAGUCAGUGAGCCCAGUUAGCAGAGUGAUGGGAGUGACAGUGCAGACAAUUCAAUUCUAGUAAAUAAUGUGGUAGCAAUACUGACAACGCCAUACUGAUGUGAAGCAGUAUAUUUUUAUUUUAUGCUGAAUAACAAUAAACAAUAAUCAUUCGCAGUUUUUGUUUGCUAUUUAUACUUUUUAAUUUUCCUCAAACAUUAUGCGACACCUAAAGUUGCAACCUUUAUCAAAUAAAUAACUACAAGAGAAGUGUGACAAUUUAGAAUCUAUAUCUUGAUUGUGUGUGUAUUUUUUGCAUUGCUGUGGACAUUGUUAUUUUUUAUUCUGUCGACUGUAUAAUACAAUAGUGCAUGUAACUUUUAACAUGUUAAUGUGUACAAUAAAUCUUACAGUUCCAAUCA